AUAAAAGGAGUAAUUUGAACAUUAUUUAGGAUAAGCCGGGGUACAUCGACGAGUUCCCGAGUAAACUACUUGGAACUUAGGCGUAGAUGCGUGGAUACCAAAUGUAUUCAGACGGUUAAAGGAAAUACCGAGUGGUGUCCAUGCCUACGAGGAUCUUCUCACGAGAGUGUGUCGUUGGGCGGUGAUUAUUGCCAUUAGAACGACAAUGACCCCGAUACCCGAUAACGUGCUCGACGUCUCCAGCGUCUAUCAUUCAACCUCAGUCCCAGCUUCCGAGAGUACGAACUGCGGCUGCGUUACCACCCGCUCUGAACCGACCGCCGUUCUUAGGGAUGUUUCUGCUCGGGUUUUCGGAGGCGAGGUGCUUGCCAUCCUUGGCUCUAAGGGUUCUGGUAAACGAGCUCUUCUCGAUGUUAUCGCUGGUCGAACAGCGAUAGGAGAGACACGUGGUCGCAUAAGUUUGAAUGGUAGUCUGCUUACGGAGGAACUGUUCCGGCGACAUGGGGCUUACGUUUCGCAUCGGUGUUAUCUUUUGCCAAGCCUCACUGUUCGCCAAAAUCUGACAUAUGCGACCUGGCUGGCGAAUCUCGACGGCCGAGAAGCCCGGGUGCGUCAGACUUUAGCCGACCUCGCGCUUUCGCAGGUAGCCAAUCGGCCCGUCGCCGACCUUACCAAGCCUGAAUAUAGACGGCUUAUGCUUGGCGUGCAGUUGGCCAAGGAGCCAUUGCUCCUUCUGUUGGAUGAGCCCACCUGGGAUACGGACCCACUCAACACCUACCUCAUUGUAUCCAUGCUUUGGUCUUAUGCCACAAGAAGAGGUUCCAUUGUUAUACUGACGAUGGAAACACCCAGAUCUGACGUGUUGCCCUUUGUCGCAAGGGUUACUUUGCUGUGUCUGGGGGCGGUUGUUUAUUCCGGCCCUACUAGAAGUAUGCUCGACUAUUUCACCUACGUUGGGUUUCCUUGCCCCGAGCUUGAGAAUCCGCUCAUGUAUUAUCUUUGCUUGUCGACGGUGGAUAGACGAUCAAGAGAUCGUUUCCUGGAAUCAAAUCAACAAAUCUCCGUUCUUGUAGAUAAAUUUAAAGUAGAAGGUGGAAUUUUUUUGAAGGAAGCACCUGCGUCAACACUCGGUGCAAAUCAAAUGAAAGGCAAUCAGACGCCAACUUUAUCCCUUAGCCCAACUUCCAUCGGAAUGUCUCACAAGUCGCUGCAAAAUCGUGGUAUCAAGCCUGGAUGCUUCUCGACGCUAUUGGCACUUUAUUUGAGAAGUCUUGCUGCUACAUUCGCAUGCAAUAAAUCGGGUUUGAUUCACUUUGGUUCAAGAAUUUUUUUGCUGCCAUUUAUCCUUGCUCUUCUGAGUAUUUUAUAUUCUCAUUCCAAGGAACAGCAAUCAACCAUAUUUUUACAGACUACUGGACUUAUUUUUAACGUUCUCACACUUUUUUACUUUGCUGGAAUUGCAAUAACUUCUCUUCUUUUUCCUGGAUUUCGUGCUCGAUAUUAUCAAGAAAAGCGCGAGGGCUUAUACGGGGGUGCAAUGUUCAUAACAUCCUACACUUUGCUCAGUCUGCCGUUGAGCUUUUUAUCGACGAUUAUGAGCGUUGGUAUCCUAGUGCCAAUCCUCGAACUCGAUAUUGUAUCUUGGAUCAAAGCGAGUGGUGUGCUUUGGGCGUCCUUUGUCGCUACGGAGCAGAUCACUGUCGCUACCCUUAUGCUUGUAAAGAGACCAAUGAGUGCUUCUAUCAUCGUCCUUUACUUCACUCUUAUAAUGCUUACUGCAGCAUCCGGAAGUAUGAGGAGCUUAAGGAAUCUACCCGAUUGGUUAGGAUCUGUAUCAACAGCAGUUCCAGUAAGAUACGCAUCUUUGGCACUCAAUCAAUUAGCACUAGAAAUAGAUAAUUUUAAGAAUUUAAAUUAUAAUGAUACUAUUACAUGUCCUGGUAUUCAGGAAUUAUGUAGGUACAAAGACGGUAAUACCUAUCUUAGAGAGAGAUUUACUAAAGAAGCAGAGAAUAUUUCUCAAGUAUUGAAUGUGGAGUUGAAUUUAUUGAUAUCAUUAGCGUUCUCUGUGGGUCUUGUUAUUCUAAACAGUGUGUUAUACCUUUUACCUUUGCCUGCUAGUGUUAAGACCAAAUUUCGAGAAUAAUAAUAUUGUUAUUAUAUAAUGAACUUACUAAACUUUAUAAUA